AUGGGUUUAUCAUUUUCAAAACUAUUCGCCAAUCUCUUUGGUAAUAAAGAGAUGAGAAUCUUAAUGGUUGGUUUAGAUGCCGCCGGUAAAACUACAAUUUUAUAUAAGUUGAAAUUGGGUGAAAUCGUUACAACCAUCCCAACAAUUGGUUUCAACGUCGAAACAGUUGAAUAUAAGAAUAUUUCAUUCACAGUCUGGGAUGUUGGUGGACAAGACAAGAUUAGACCAUUAUGGCGUUAUUAUUUCCAAAAUACUCAAGGUAUCAUUUUCGUGGUUGACUCAAAUGAUAGAGACCGUAUUGCUGAAGCAAGAGAAGAAUUACAACAAAUGCUUAAUGAAGACGAGUUGAGAGACGCUUUAUUGUUGGUUUUUGCUAAUAAACAAGAUUUGCCAAAUGCUAUGAAUGCUGCUGAAAUCACCGAAAAAUUAGGUUUACAUUCUAUUAGACAAAGACCAUGGUAUAUUCAAGCUACUUGUGCUACUACUGGUGAUGGUUUAUACGAAGGUUUAGAAUGGUUAUCUACCAAUUUGAAAAAUUCAUCUUAA